CAUCGCAGGGCUUUCGUUUUAUAGCCCCGAACACGUCAGUGGAGAUGGUGGACGGUUGAAACCGCCUGAGAGAGAUCGAUAAAGCCAUGUCAUCCGUUUAAAUCAGACACCGCGGGACACCACAGAGACGUUUCUGGUCCGAUAUGGAGGAGAAGAAGGAGGAGAGGGAGGCCGAGAUCCAGGAACACGGCCCCGGGCACUGGUUCUCUAGCUGGGAGAGGCAGUGCCUGGCCGAGGCUGAGCAAGCCGAGCUCGGCGAAGAGGAGGUCGGCCAGACCCGGGAAAAGCUGUGGCACCUCUUCCAGAAUUCAGCCACGGCCGUGGCGCAGCUGUAUAAAGAUCGAGUUUGCCAUCAACAAGGAUUGUCGCUGUGGGUGCCCUUUCAGAACGCUGCCACUACGGUGACCAACCUUUACAAAGAGAGUGUUGACGCACACCACAGAAGCUAUGACCUGGGAAUCCAAACGGGCCAUCAGAGGCGCAGCAAGGAUGUUCUGGCUUGGGUCAAAAAGCGAAGGAGGACCAUCCGAAGGGAGGAUUUGAUAAGCUUCCUAUGUGGCAAAGCGCCACCGCUGAGGAUUUCGAGAGCAGCGCCCAGACUGUCCCCCAGCCGGCCGCCUUCGUCGGACGCGGUUUCCUCCGUAGAAACUGAUUUGCAGCCCUUCCGCGAAGCCAUAGCUCUGCACGGCCUGAGUGGAGCGAUGGCUGGCAUCAGCGUGCGCUCCAGCACCCCCGGCUCCCCCACCCACAACAGUAGCAGCUCCAAUCCCGGCCGCAGGAGAAGCAGCUUUCCCGACGUGGACUUGAACACUUUCAUAUCGGAGGAGAUGGCGCUGCACCUGGACAAUGGCGGGAACAGAAAGCGGACGUCAGCCCAGUGCACUGAUGUCAUCACGGACUCGCCGACCCAUAAACGCAACAGGAUGAUCUGAGCCUGGUCAGCAGUCGCGAAACGCACCAUGCUGCUUGAAAAUAAAAGCCACUUAAUCCUCAAUACCUUUAUUUUCCCCUCUUGAAAGGAAGCGAUGGCCAUCGAACAUCUCACGUCUGUGAGCUCCCGUAAUGAUUGCCAUAAGCCGGACCACCUUUUCUGUUAUCAGCUCACGUUUACCACAUUUAGCCACAAGGUGGAGCCAGAGCCACAAAGGAAACGAAAGGCAUGCUUCACACAAUAAUGCUAAAGGCCUCACUGGUCAUGAAAGCGGUUCAUGACCCGUUUCCUUAGUCCAGUUAACUGGCUGCUGGCUCCGAUCAGCGUUUUUGAGUGACGUAUUUUGUGAAGUUAUUAUUUGGUGCCGCCGGUGUCCUUUAGACGAUAAUGUUAAGGCACUGACGCCAAUCGCAACGUUAAAGGAAUAGCAUUUUCAACCCAAUCCACUUUCCGGGCCUGGGUUUUGGAAUCACUGGUAGGCGUCAUUCUAGGUGGACAAUCAAUUACAGUUCAAUUAAAAGAGAAUUCCAAACUUCUCUUCUAUCAUAAAACAAUGCCUCGGACAUCAGGCAGCGACCAUUUCAGGCAACUGUUUUCCAUCAGGGAGCUUUUAGAGGUGGACGUCUGGUUCCUAUCACCACCACUGUGAACAAUUCCGACUCUAGGUUUCUCUCGAACGUUUCGCGCCAGAUCGCUCUGAAUGAGCUUGUUUCCGUUUUAACCUCUUAAUUAUGCUGAAGGUUAGAAAAUAACUGGCAGUGAUUACAAAAUCCAGGAUUGGGAACUGGAUUCAGGCUCUGGAUUUAAAGACCGCUGGCCUCCUUGCUGUCUGCCACAUCUGUAGCAGAAGGUUAAUUACCACAGGUAAUAAUUUCCCUGUGCUUAAAGGAAUAUUAAGCAUGGGGUGCACAUCAGGAUUGUUUGUGGUGAUCAGCCAGAUGUUACAAGUACAGGAGACAGAAAUGUUGGUGUUCCUGUAAUAUUUGGAGUGUGGUUUCUAAUUCCAGUCCUGGUCUGUCCGUGUCCUGCGUUGUUUAAUGCUUUUUCUUCUGUAUCAAUCCUUGUUAAUCUUCAUAAUUACCUUAUGUGCUUUGAGACCUGGACUAAGCUUAAAUCUAGACUAAACUGCAUAUAUAUAUAUAUAUAUAUCGAUAUAUAUAUAACGCACAUACAUACAUAAAAUGUGUUUGCAACGGCCACUUGGUUACUAAGCCACUUAAUCUUGUGGCCAUAAUAAUAGAAACAUGUUUAUUAAAAAUGAAUCUUUAAUAAUAAAUAAAUUAUUUCAUUAUGUGUAGCUGCUGCAGAUGGUAGCCUUGGAGUAACACCACCUUGUUUUGUUUAAGAUCUUGUCUCAUAGUGAUACCAGCCAAACUUUAGCCAAUGGGACAUCAUCUGUGACUGCCAGUGGUCCAGCUCAGCAGGAGGGACCGCCAUGGUCAUCACAGCGUCGCAUCAGUUAACACGGUGUUAACGAUUAAUUUGACACAGUCAGAUUUGAUGCAGUUAGUUUCAUGCUUGACCGAUCAGGUUUGUUAAACGUGAAAAAGUAAAGCGAAAACAAAGUUUCAAGCAAGUGGCCACUCGGACGACAGACAGACGGUCAGGAGGCGCUGUCUAGUCCAGGCACUGCAGUUUAGUCCAAAAUGAGGCUUAAUCCGCAUUUCCUUCGGGAUCUCUCUGUCUAUCUAUCUGUCUAUCGGUCUAUCUAUCUAUCGGUCUAUCUAUCUAUCGGUCUAUCUAUCUAUCUAUCUAUCUAUCUAUCGGUCUAUCGGUCUAUCUAUCGGUCUAUCUAUCUAUCGGUCUAUCGGUCUAUGUGUCUGUUUCUACCUACCAACCAACCAACCAACCAAACCUGCUGAGGAAGUUUAGCUGGCUUUGGUAGACUGGCCAGAGCUGGCUUUGGUAGACUGGCCAGAGCUGGCUUUGGUAGACUGGCCAGAGCUGUGCUUCCCCAAGACUGUAAUUUAGACCCACCGAAACAGUCGACACUGGCCAUUUUGUCGGUGACUGAAUUGGCUGAUUAUGACAGUAAUUCCACUUCAUCAGGUACCGUGUGGUGAACCUCCUUCUCCACGCAGAGCUCUUGACCCCUGGCCUUUGAACCAGGUCUGCUCUAACUCACAAAUGCCACUUUAAUAUAUGAAUCUUUUUUGCCUUCGUUCUUGGUAUCAGGGCAGUUCUGUUCUGUCGAUGAUCCGAACAGCAAUGGACACAGUGCAAAGUCUUAUUUUGAAGCUGCUGUGGAUUUAAACAAAGAUCUUGCACCAGUGAGACCAUUGAGGCGUCUCGGAGCCGAGACCAGUGCAAUUAUUGACUUUUAAAGGGCGUGGCUUGAAAUCUGGCUCAGAACCAGGUGCAAAUAGCGCACAUGAGGUUUAGGAAGGGCCGUGUCACCAGGAACUUGAUGAUGGUGAUAAGAAACCUGCUUUGGCUUGAAACUGAAGUGUCCUUUUACACGUGUGCCGCUCCGAGGCCUCGCCGGACUGCACCUUCCCGCCGUGGCGACGACCACCUGAGAUCCUUGCCUAUCUUAAGAUUUCGCAACAGUCCCUUCGAUUCCGAAGGGCCGUUGGAAAUUUCUUUAUACCACUCAAGUAAAGCCGAUUAGUUUCAUUAAAGAGUUCAUCCAAGAGUUUGGAGAGAGAAAUGUUUAGGUGUUCCUGUGACACAAAAAAAAGGAAAGUAAAGCCGAUUAGUUUCAUUAAAGAAAUAGGAAAAAUCUGUUGGUGUUUAAAUGAAAGAGUAGCAUUUAAAGUUCAUUGUUUAUGUUAAUGUGAAGUUGUGUUGAGUUGCUUUGACCCCACAUGAAGUUCUGUGUGCGGAUGUGGUUGGAUCCAUCGCUACGGUUUUCCUCUUCUUUCUUCUUCUUAUGGAUUUUUUUUUCCUUCUGUUGUAUCAGGAAACAUUUGGGAACACUACCGUACCUGUACAGGUUCUGUAGGAUCCAGUAACUUUUGUUUUCCCAUCUCAACACGGCAAUAAUUUCGUUGUCCAUCUCUGUCGUGGUUUGUAUUGCAGUUCAGGAUUCAUUUUGUCCGUCAUGCAGACAGAAAUGUGAAGUUUACAGCGCUCCGCCACAGACCUGUGAUAAAUUAUUUGCUGAAAUAAAGUUUAGAUUAUUCUGAAA